AUGGCUGAACCGCCCCCUCUGCCCACUAUUUCCGUCCUCGCACCCAAGGAAGGCAGUGCGCAGAAGAAGGUGUCCAAGCUCGCCAUUGGCAUAGACACUGGCACUAGCGCUGCCAGCGGACGCGGCAAGGAAAACUGCACGCUCGGCCGCAGCCACGGCCGCGCAAACAUCAAUGAUGACUUUUCGGACGUUGCACGGUGCGUCGGUGCUACUUCGAAGAAGGGCUUCGAGAUCUAUGUCGACUCUGCGAACGCGAGCGGGUGCAACGAUGCCGACACGGUGCUACUGCACACAUCGGACAGCUCGGAGAGAUGGACUGGAAGCUGA